AUGCAGAUCCUGAAGCGGCCAAGCGAUGCCCCCAAGUCGCGGAGUACGACGCCGCAGAACCGGCCGCAGAAGUCGCUCACCCAGCGCGAGGAGGAGUACCGUUUAGCCCGGGAGCGGAUCUUUGGCGAGUCUGGCGCCUCGGGGUCCGGCACGUCGUCGCCGACGGGAUCGCAGAGCGCGCCAUCGCAGGCCGCGCACUCUGUUCCGACAUCUCAGUCGACACCGGCGGCCCCGAUCUCGCAGGGACUGCAGCAGGCUUCAGGACAAAGAGAUACGACGAGCGCACCGCCGCAGGCUGGAGGAUUACAGGGUGGUCAACAAGGGCAAUACCGCGACACCAGCCGGGGCGAGUACAGCCGCGACCAGAGCCGCGAGUCGAGCGUCACAGGGCGGAGACGGGGAAACGCUACGCCGCGGUCUGGGCGGGCGUCGCCGGAUGAUCUGAGCCGCGACCUCGCUUCGCUCUCCAUGGGCGGUACGGGUCCCCGAGGUGCGCGAACAGGACCCGGUGGGCCGGCCCCCGUGCUCCGAGGCGGCAUGUCGCCCGGCGUGCUGCGGCAGCCGCGCGGCCCCUCUGGCGCUGGAUUCAACCAGGGCCAGCAGCAGGCGCAAGCCCAGGCAGCCGAGGAGGAGAAGCGCAAGGAGUUCGCGCGGAGUAACAGCGGUCACGGCGUGAGGCGGGACGAGGCGUUCAACCGCGGACCGAGCGAGUACAACCGGAACACGGGGCCGAACGAGUACAAUAGGAGUACGAACGAGUACAACAGGAGUACGAACGAGUACAGCAGGAACACACCGAAUGAGUACAGCCGCAACAUGGGCGAGUACUCCCGGAGUACACCUGGUGGAGCGCCCGAGUUCUCGCGCUCGUCGUCGUACUCGUCCACCGCUAGCCAGGGGUCGUAUGGCUUCCCCACUGGACCGGGCGGCUACGACGCUGGACGGGGGUACAUCGGCGCUGUCGGUGCUAUGGGCGGCGCUGGCGUGCCCAAUGUCGGCGCAAUCGGCUCGCCCUACGGCUCCCCCUCGCCGCAGGGAUACCCGUACCAGCAGUACACUGGCUUCCAACAGCAGCCGGGUUACCAGCACGUGUCCCAGCAGCACCAGCAGCAGCAGGCGGGAUACUACGCCCGGCCACCCUACACCGGCCAGCAGCUGUACGGCUACCCCUCUGCGCCUGCAGCCGGCAAGAACACAUACCCCUACACUGGCCCCGGUGCCCUCGGCGGAGGCAUCGGUGGGGGCAGCUAUGGCGUCCCCGGCGGACCGCCUGGCCCCCAGUCUCAGCAGCCUGGACGACCACAGGGAGGACAGCAUGGACAACAGCAGCAGCAGCAGCAGUACUACCGCGGCGCGGGCGCGGCUGGGUACGGGCAAUAA